GGUCUUUAAUAUGGGUGAUUAAGGCUCCAUUGUAAACGACUCCGCAUGAGAAAUGUGAGGCAGUUCUUCUAAACUUCAAGUCACUUUGACAAUUCAAUUUCUUUGGUUUACAAUUAAAAUUUAAAUAGUACAUUAAAUAUAGUCAAAUGACGACUGCGCCAUUCAGAUAGCAUCAAUAAUGCAGCAUCUAAAUACUGCAUCUGCUUCAGCACGAGAACAAAAUUUAAGUGACUGCUGAUUGGCUGAAGCGCGCCUGACGUCAGCUCACGGAUGUUUAAAGGGGAUUGAAGUCUGGUAACAGAGCAGCGUGAAGAGCGCCGUUAACUUACAAUGCUCAGACCUCAUGAUGAUAUGCCAACAAGACGUAGUUUAAAUAUAGGUAAAUUAAGUUUUAUCGGUGACAUUUCUUUUUGCCUAAAGACAAGAUAUGGUCCGGCGUCUGUAUCUAUCCAAACUGUCAGACUGAACGCGAUCCUCGGUUUGUCGCGCGAUCGUUUGUUCUGUAUUUAUGAGCCUGUGAAAUGAUCUGGAAGUUGUAAAGCAGUUUCACUCUGUUCUAGGUAGUGACCCAUUUAUUAUGGUAAACACUGCUUGUAAUACACAACUGCCUCAUGUCAGAAUGGGGGCCCUGGCAUGGAAGCGGUGUGUUGGAUGUGGAUGCAAGAUUUUGGACCGCUUCCUCCUGUUUGCUUUGGAUGGAUACUGGCACUGCCACUGUCUCAAGUGUUCCUGCUGCCAAGCCCAGCUGGCAGAAAUUGGCUCAUCGUGUUUCACAAAGCGUGGCUUGAUCCUCUGCAAAAGUGACUAUAUAAGAUUAUUUGGAAACAGCGGAGUCUGCAGGGCUUGCAGUAAGUCUAUUCCAGCAAAUGAAAUGGUUAUGCGAGCACAGGGCAAUGUUUUCCAUGUCAAGUGUUUUGUAUGCUCUGUCUGCCAAAACCAGCUAGUACCUGGCGACCGUUUUCACUAUGUGAAUGGAAAACUGCACUGUGAGCGGGACAGGCCAACAGCUUCUGCGCACAGAAACGACCACUUGGAUUCACUCAGGGAGCACAACAUAUCCGAACAGGAGUCCUGAGCUUUGUCAGCUACAGUCCAUUUUGUGAAGGUCUAAUAUUGUGGAAAUUCAACGUAUAUGGUAAUAUCUGCCAGUUUAAAUGAGGUUAACCAUUGGAGCUGAAAAGUAAUAUCAGCAAGCAUCCUUGCGUAUCAUAAUCAAUUAUGGAUUGGUUUUGCACAGAAUGACCUUUCUUAUAUGUUGUGGACCUGCAAUUUAGUUGUGGUGUCUGUUAGUUCUGAAAUGGAGAUGUGUGCUUCACUUUCAGGCAGUGAAAACACACCAUCUUCCACUGUUGUGUGUGUGUGAGUGACAUUUAUCUUUUGGUAAUGAUAUGGAUAUUCUUCCUGGUCUGCAAUUACAGUAUCCCUGUAAUUAACCUGUCCAUAAAUCAAUUCUAGCAGCAUCCAGAGAAUAAAGGUUCUCAGCACUACAGAUGAUCUCUUGGAGAUCACAAUGUUUUGUUUGUUUGUUUUAAAUUUUAAGUUUGCUAUAAAGGACCGAUCUUUAAAGUGUGUUGUGUAUGAAGUAAUAUUUGCUUUGUUUAAAAAAAAAGAAAAAAAAGAUUAAAAACCUAUUAUCCAAUAAGGAUCUCUUCAGUGAUAUGAGCUGUGUUUUCACUUACUGUGAUACAUUUUAUUGGGUUUGAAUAAUAUAUUGACAGAAUUUAUGGAGAACACCACCCUCUGUUGGCUGAAGGUAGUUCUGUCACUCAGUAGUAACACUUUAGAAAUGCCUGUAAAUAAAUUAAAAGAUAAGAGCAUUUUCCAGUAAAAGCAACCAUUAGCAUGAUAACUAUGUGCAGGAUUAAUCCAAUAAAUUAUGCAUCCAGGAAAAAAAAAAAAAUCAGAACAUAUUUUUAUUAAUGUUUAGAAAAUAAAUAAUAAAACACUAUAAAUUAUUAAAGGCUUAAUGUCAUCAUACAUUUAGGACCAUUCCAUAAUGUCCUAAUCUGUAAUUAUUGUAAUAUGGAUGUUUUUCUUGUGACCCAGCCAAGAAGAAUGAUUAAUGUACCUCCUCUCUAUAUGCUUCUGCCUUCUUAAAGGGAUAGUUCACCCAAAAAUGAAAAUUCUGUCACUCAC